UUAUCCCAACGGAACUGGCACAGUUCUUAAACUUGGUGACAGUUUUAGAAGCUUUUUUUAAUAUCAAACGACAUAUUUCUGAGGUUAUAAUGAUAAUAGCUUCUAACACCCCGCCUAAUCCCCAAUCACAUUCUACCUAUGGCGGGGUGUCUGCCUUUUUGCCAAAACCUGUAAAGGUUACAAUUUCUGGUUUAUAA